AUGCCUCAACUCUUGGAAGUAACGGAAUAUGACGUUAUUAUCCUUGGGACAGGUUAUAUAGAAUCAAUUCUUGCUGGGGCUUUGGCAAGAAUUGGAAAGUCGGUUUUACAUUUAGAUGCAAACAACUUUUAUGGGGGGAAUUGGAGCUCUCUUAAUUUCAGAGAACUUUUAGAAUGGACACGAUCUAUUAAAGGAUUUGUUGAAUUUUCAGUAAAUAAAAGCAAUCAAGAACGUCAAGAACGUCAAGAACGUAUUGAAGGCAAAAAAGCCUUGAUGACUAAUUUUACAAAGGUUCGACAACAAGCAUAUUCUACAAUUGAAUAUGAAAUUUAUCCAAUUCCUAAACAAGUGGAUGAUAUUCCUCUGGUAGAAAAUGAUGAUUCAGAAACUGUUCCAAAAGUAGAAAGUCAGGAAACUUUGCAAUAUGAUCAGGAUGAUAAUAUAGUGGAUUCUGCAAUUACUCAACCAGAUUAUGAUGCUUUAGCAAGAUUUUUACUUACAUCUGAAGAAUAUGAACAAAACGAUACUAUUGCAAACGUGAUUACCGAACAGUUCAAAUCAAAAAUUCUUGUUAGAACGCGUGAAAAUGAAGAGGCUAUUGCUAUUGAAUCUUCUCGUCUUGCUCAACUUCUUCAAAUGCAUAAAAAUUCUGAAAAUAUAUCAGAAGAAACUUUACGUCAUGUGUCCACAAGUUUGUCCAAUUUUGAAAGGAUUGAAACUUUAGCUGUUUUAUUAAAAGAGUCGAAACGAUACUGCUUGGAUUUGGCUCCAAAAUUGGUACCUUGUCGUGGAGAGCUCAUUGAACUCUUGAUAAAUUCUGGAGUUGCGAAAUAUUUAGAAUUUAAAGCAAUGGAUAAGACUUAUAUUUAUUCUGUAGACGCGUUUGAUAAGGUCCCAUGUUCUAAAGAGGAUGUUUUUACCAACCAAUCUAUAUCUUUGGUUGAAAAACGCAAAUUGAUGAGAUUUUUAACUUUUGCGUUAGAUUACACGAAUUUUCCAGAUACAUAUAAGGGUUAUGAAGAGAAAUUGUUUGUUACCUUACUUACUGAGAAAUUCAAAAUUGAUGGAAAAUUAUUGAUGGCAGUCUUAUACGCGAUUGCUUUGAUUCGUAAUGAUGCAAAUGAUGUUAACACCAUACAAGGCUUGGAAAAAACACAAAGAUAUCUUAGAUCACUUGGUCGAUAUGGUAAUACAGCAUUUUUAGUUGGUUUAUAUGGUUGUGGUAGCGAAAUAGCACAAGGGUUUUGUAGAAUCUGUGCAGUAUAUGGUGGAAUUUAUAUGCUUGAUCAUUCAGUAAAACAUCUUUUGAUUGAUGAAAGUUCGAACAAGUUUACGGGAUUAGUAGAUGUGAAUGAUCAACAAAUAUCAUCUACUUUUUUGGUCUCAUCUAUCGAUUACCUUCCACCAAUAUUUUUUAAAGGCAACGAGUGUUGGGAAACAACGUCACGUGCGAUAGUGAUCAUAGAUAAAUUUAUACAUGAAGAAAGCGGUGAUGCAUCAUUAACCAUUUAUCCACCAGAAACAGUGAAAAAUAAAUAUCCUAUAACCGUGCUCCAAUUAUCUGCUGGAACGCAAACAUGCCCUGAAGACAGAUACGUUUUAUACUUGUCCACGAAAGCGAACGGUCAGAACGCCAAAGAAGAUUUGAUUAACGCUUUAGAUAAAUUGGUUAAUUUCACAAUUAACAAGGAUAAAGGCAUACCGAAUCCGUUGUUCGCAUUAUUCUACCGACAGAAAAAGCGCACCAUUUCUUCAGAAGUACCCGAGAAUAUCAUUCUUGCAGGAGAUCCGGAUUCUUCACUAGAUUUUGAGGAAGCUACUAUUCAAGCAAAGCAAUUUUUCGAAAAGAUGUGUCCUGGUGAGGAAUUUUUACCUGCAGGACCUGAUCCUGAUGAGGAAGAGUUUAUUGUUUAA